AUGGCUGCCGACACAAAUCCCCGGCAUAGUAUGCCUCCGGGUGGCUACCAUGGCAGAAAUGGUAGCUCUCCUGGCCUGCCUCGGUCGCCGGCGCCGCCCCUUCCACAUAUACAAGAUCUCGUGGCCAUUCCGAAGGAUAUCAACCCAAAUCAGUCCAUCAGAAAGCUUCUUGAGCAGGCAGAAAGUUCUUUUAAGCAAUCAGAAAUGCACCGCGACUUCAAUAAGCCCGCCAUUGCAUUGAAAGACUACAUCAGAGCAUUCGUCAUUGCGGUAGAGAUCAUUCACAAGCAUCAGGAAUAUCCCGCUAUGAAGUCUAAACAAGGAGACGCCUUUCUAUUACACAAAGCACUCUUGUCCAAAAUAGAUCGUCAAAGCGAGGUAUAUGAUCAGAUCAAGAAAGAUAUCAUAGCUGAUAAUCAAAGAACUGGUGUUCAGCCCACAGUCAAGAACCCAGCCGCUUUUACAACCCCAACCAGCUUGUCUACUCUUUCUCUACCAGCAACAAACAAUGUUGGAGCUCGGUCAUUACAACACCAAGCAAAGCAACCGCAACAACUGCCAAACGGUCAUGUAUCGCAAUUACCGAACGGUGGCCCUCCAGCGAAAUCAAGGCCAGUCGUGCACCCAAAGCCUCCAUCUCUUCAUGGAAACGCUAUCCCCUCUCGACAUAAUCGUACAAACUCUGGAAAUAACGUCACGCUAGAUUUGGCUGCUCGGUUUGCCAACCUGAGAGGACCACAACCAUCACCCGGACAAGAUCCCCGAAUCAAGACAUAUCCGAUUAUUCCUCAGAAGCCAGCCGGGCCAAGACAAAUGCCGCCGUCUCCCUCCAGAAUGAACACCAAUACAGACAAUGAGGCUCCUCUACCCAAGCUUCCCGAUGCUAUCUAUAGCCCGGUUCGUGGUAGUGUUUCUGGUGAGGCUGCGCGAUUGCCUACUAGCACGCCCAGAGGACUCUUCAGUCGGACUGGUUCAUCCACAUCAGUACCUGGAACUCCCAGCGCAAACCAGUCGCGACAGAAUGAUGAAUACUUCCCUCCUGUUGCGCCCAGUGCCCCAAAAGUACCCGAGAGCGCGGACAAAGUUAUCAAAAUCCCGGAAGGCAAUGCCAUCACUCCAGAAGGGAUUCUCGAAAUACAGGCGUCCAUUUUGUACAUUGAUGUCCGUCCUCGCAAGAAAUUUAACGAAGGACACAUUAUGGCUGCUUCUAUUAUUUGUAUCGAACCCAACAUUCUGCACCGGGAGGACAUGACGUGCAGUGACAUCUCGGAAAGUCUCAUAUUGUCCCCACAAGGAGAGAAAACGCUGUUUGACAAACGAGAAGAGUAUGACUUGAUAGUCUUUUACGACGAAGACUCCAAAUGCCUUCCUAUCAAUAACAGGGACCCUCAUGGUGCUUCUGCUCUGUGGUCAUUAAACCGCGCCUUGGUUGAGCUCAGUUAUGGGAAGGAGCUGAAGCAUGCGCCAAAGAUUCUGAAGGGCGGCUUAAAUGCAUGGAAAGAUGUGUAUGGUGCGGCAUCCCUACGAUCGACUACAAAGGCGGAGACGCAACCUGAAACCAGCAAAACUAGAGGCUUUAUUAAGCGGCAAGGAUCCAAAUAUGUCUUCAACCCUUUGACCAAGAAUGAGGUAGAGGUAUUCGAAAAUGUUCUCAAAAAGGAUGAGGCGCCGUCAUCCUUCCCCCGUACCCGAGAUGAAUUUCUAAGAUUUCCCCCGGUGUCAACAGACAAACAGUCAAUGACUUCGGUCGUUUCCGCGGGACAAAGAUACAAGCAAGAUUUUGCGACCAAGUUUAGCUCACCAGCACAGAUGCUUACCCCUCCAACCCGACCCCAAGCCGCAGUACAACGCCCCAGCCAUAUCAGCCUAUCUCAGGACGGUCAUGAUGAUCAUGGGCCUGCAGAGCAAAUAUCUGCAGUGCCUGCGAAAGCACAUACUGGUCUCCAUAAUCCAAGCAACUGGUGCUAUGCAAACAGUACCUUGCAGUCACUUCUUGCAUCUCCCAACUUUGGGAGAGAGCUUGCCGACUCUGCAUGGGCAGCAAGAUAUAAGAAUCGAGUGCCUAGGAAAGCUGGUGAAAAGAUGGAUCAGCCUCAACUCAUGAUUCAGAUGCUGUCAAACAUCUUUUGCUGGAUGAGUUCCGGCAAAUUCCAAACCAUGAAGGCCCAAAUGCUGAUGGACUAUUCCAAACACCUAUGCGCAACCGGUGAUCCAAGAACAAAAUUUGGUGGACCGGACCAACAAGAUGCUCAAGAGUUCAUGUCCUUUUUGAUGGACCAGAUUCACGAUGAGACAAAUCUUAAACGGAAUGUUCUACCCGAUGCCAAGAAACCUGACACCCAGGGCAAACAGCUGGUCCAAGCGGCAGCGGACUACUGGGACUACCACAAGAAGUCGAGUGACUCGAUUGUGGAUGAGUAUUGGCGCGGGCUUCAGCUGUCCACUGUUCAAUGCGGGAAGUGUGAGACGCAAACUUAUACAUUCUCCCAAUUUGAAUGCCUUGGCGUCAAUGUGUCAGAUGACCGGGACUUGAGCCUCGCAGAAGCUCUGAAGCAGGACCACAAGGGCAGCACUAUUAAUGACUUUUACUGCAAUCAUUGCAAAAAAGCCCGGGAAGCCUUGAUUUCGGAAUCCUUGGCGCGAAUGCCACCACUUCUUUGCGUCAGUUUCCGCCGAUUUAAUAUGAGGGACAGGGGUGGUAUUGAGAAGUCAACAAGACCUGUCACAUGGGACUUCAACGAUGUUGACUUUACACCAUACUUUCUCAACUCAGACGAAGAUCGGAAGGUCGCCAUCCUAAAUGAUAGAGCUUUCUCCGGGCCCUUCCGCUACGAAUGCUACGCCGUCAUUGUCCAUAAGGGCCAAACCACCAAUAGCGGACACUAUUACGCCUACGUACGAGAUUCGAGCACACAUGACCCGUAUGCCUGGUACUUGUGCAACGACAGCAAUGUGACGAAAGUUCGUAUCGGUAGCAACGACCAAGCCGACAUUCAGAACAAAGUAUUCAAAAGUGGCACGGAUGCCGUUCCAUACCUUGCCUUCUUCAGAAGGAAGAAUACGUGA